AAAGAGCAUAAAGUAGAAGACGUUUUAGAUAUUUUGAUCACAAAGGAUUACAUCCUGAGGUGGAAGAAAACUUUUUGGCAGCAAAAUAUCAGGAAAACCUCUCUGAUGUGCAAUAACUGCUUAUUAUUGUGAUGAUGAUGAUGAUGAUGAUGAUGAUGAUGAUGAUGAUGAUGAUGAUGAUGAUGAUGAUGAUGAUAAUGACGAUAUAACUUGUGAUAAAUGAACACAUAAGUAUCUGUGUUGAUGUCUUUCAACAAACAUAAACUAAAACAAAAUUUCUAUUCCAACAUGACAGUUUCUUUAUGAUUUUAAACAUCUCCCCAAUUAAACAUUCUCUGAUGCUCCAGGUAGUGAAAAACACCCUUUACUGCAGUGGUUCUAAAUUCUGGUCCUCAUGARGCAGUAUCCUGCAUGUUUUAGUUGUUUCCCUGCUCCUCUGCAGAAGCCUGUCAAUCACCCAAUAAUUUAAAUUUAAAGGCAGAAGUAGACCUGUUUGCCACAGAAGAGUCGACUCAUUGCCCUCUGUGGUAUUCCCUUACGGGGGCAUCAGGCGCACUGGGCCAGGACYCCUUGGCACAUCCCUGGCCAAGASUCCUUCUAUAUGCCUUUCCACCCCUUUCUCUGAUUUGGCUGACUCUUCGGAGAGUUCUUGAAGAGGGCCACAGGGUGCUGCUGAUAGUUCCGUAUUGGCCAGCACGACCAUGGUUCCCACUUCUACGGAGUCUGCACCCCAAUCCUCAACGCCUCAGGCUGUGGGUGUGGCCACUGGGAGGCUAGAGCAGCAGCUGACUGGAUAUUCAGACUCUGUCAGGUACACAAUUUUAAGUGCUAGGGCACAUUCUACUCGUCAGCAAUAUGAAAACAGGUGGUGUUUGUUUUCUCAGUGGUGUGCUGACCGCGAUGAGGAUCCAGUCUCCUGUGUGAUGCCCACUAUCCUGGAUUUUCUUCAAUCUCUCCURGAUAAGGGCCGCUCUCCAUCAACACUUAAGGUAUAUGUGGCGGCAAUAUCAUCUAAUCAUGCUGUCGUUGAUGGUGGUACAGUUGGAAGCCAUAACCUGGUUUCUCUUUUUCUGCGUGGCGCCUGCAGGUUGCACCCGCUAACAGUUCUGCGGGCACCUGCUUGGGAUAUGCCCUUGGUCCUCGAAGCCCUGCGCCACCCUCKCUUUGAGCUUUUGCUUCAGGCUGACCUCAAGUGGCUCUCAUGUAAGACAGCAUUUUUAUUAGCUAUUGUCUCAGCUAAAAGGGUCGGUGAGCUGCAUGCUCUCUCUGCCAGCCUGUCAUGUCUUAAAUGGGCCCCAGAUGGCUCUGGUGUUACCUUGUGGCCAAACACUGCAUUUGUCCCUAAAGUUUUUUCGCAUUCCCAUUGUAACCAGCCACUGAGAUUGGCGUGUUUUCAGCCUACGUCAGGAGGGACUGGCGAUAGGCCUGAUUUAUUGUGCCCAGAGAGGGCGUUGGAGACAUAUAUUGCUGCUACUGCUCCUAUAAGA